CGAGACGCUAGCCGCGGAGCCGGCUCUGCGGCGUGUGCGCAGGCGCGAGGUCGGCGGCUCGCCCCAAGCGGGAGGGAGGGGGCGGUGGCGAGAGCGCGCGAGGGGGGUGAGAGGGUACGAGAGAGACCCCGGCGCGCGGCGCCCCCCGACCCCUGCCCCGCCUCUGCGCGCCCAGCGGCCGCCCCGCCCCCGGCGCGCGCCGAGCCGCGCCCUUCGCCCUCUCCCCUUUCUCGGCUUGCCUCGCCGGGAGGCCCGAGGGGCGGCGCCUUCUGCGGCCUCCCCGGCGGGGGGAUGUGAGGGGCGGCCCGCGGCCAUGGAGACGGGCCCGGCGCCCCUGGUGGCCCCGCCGCGCCGUCAUGGCGCCCCCGCGGCCCCCUCGCCGCCGCCCCGGGGUUCCCGGGCCGGGCCCGUAGUGGUGGUGGCUCCGGGACCUCCAGUGACUACGGCCACUUCGGCCCCCGUCACCCUGGUGGCCCCCGGGGAGGCGCGGCCCGCCUGGGUCCCGGGGUCGGCCCAGACCUCUGCUCCGGCUCCGGCCCCAGCCCCGGCUGUCACGGGCAGCACGGUGGUGGUGCUGACCCUGGAGGCCUCGCCCGAAGCCCCAAAGCCGCAGGUCCCCUCCGGCCCGGAACCCCCAGAGCCCGCGGCGGUGGCUGGAGUUGAGACGUCGAGGGCUCUGGCCGCAGGGGCAGACUCUCCGAAGACAGAGGAGGCUCGACCCUCACCCGCCCCAGGACCAGGGACCCCUACCAGGACCCCUUCCAGAACGGCUUCUGGGGCCCUGACCGCCAAGCCCCCGCUUGCCCCCAAGCCGGGAACCACAGUGGCCUCAGGAGUGACUGCACAGAGUGCAUCAGGACAAGUGACAGGUGGGCAUGGAGCUGCCGCAGCAACGUCAGCAUCAGCAGGACAGGCUCCUGAGGACCCCUCAGGCCCUGGCACAGGCCCCUCUGGGACUUGUGAGGCUCCGGUAGCUGUCGUGACCGUGACCCCAGCUCCGGAACCUGCUGAAAACUCUCAAGACCUGGGCUCCACGUCCAGCCUGGGACCUGGCAUCUCUGGGCCUCGAGGGCAGGCCCCGGACACGCUGAGUUACUUGGACUCCGUGAGCCUCAUGUCUGGGACCUUGGAGUCCUUGGCAGAUGAUGUGAGCUCCAUGGGCUCAGACUCAGAGAUAAACGGGCUGGCCCUGCGCAAGACGGACAAGUAUGGCUUCCUUGGGGGCAGCCAGUACUCGGGCAGCCUAGAGAGCUCCAUUCCCGUGGACGUGGCUCGGCAGCGGGAGCUCAAAUGGCUGGACAUGUUCAGUAACUGGGAUAAGUGGCUGUCACGGCGAUUCCAGAAGGUGAAGCUGCGCUGCCGGAAGGGGAUCCCCUCCUCUCUCAGAGCCAAGGCCUGGCAGUACCUGUCUAAUAGCAAGGAACUUCUGGAGCAGAACCCAGGAAAGUUUGAGGAGCUGGAACGGGCUCCUGGGGACCCCAAGUGGCUGGAUGUGAUUGAGAAGGACCUGCACCGCCAGUUCCCUUUCCACGAGAUGUUUGCUGCUCGAGGGGGGCAUGGGCAACAGGACCUGUACCGAAUCCUGAAGGCCUACACCAUCUACCGGCCUGACGAGGGUUACUGCCAGGCCCAGGCCCCUGUGGCCGCGGUCCUGCUCAUGCACAUGCCUGCGGAGCAAGCCUUUUGGUGCCUGGUGCAGAUCUGCGACAAGUACCUCCCAGGUUACUACAGUGCAGGGCUGGAGGCCAUUCAGCUGGACGGGGAGAUCUUUUUUGCGCUCCUGCGCCGGGCCUCCCCCCUGGCACAUCGCCACCUGCGGCGGCAGCGCAUCGACCCUGUGCUCUACAUGACGGAGUGGUUCAUGUGCAUCUUUGCCCGCACCCUGCCCUGGGCGUCAGUGCUGCGUGUCUGGGACAUGUUUUUCUGUGAAGGCGUUAAGAUCAUCUUCCGGGUGGCCCUGGUCCUGCUGCGCCACACGCUGGGCUCAGUGGAGAAGCUGCGCUCCUGCCAAGGCAUGUAUGAGACCAUGGAGCAGCUGCGUAACCUGCCCCAGCAGUGCAUGCAGGAGGACUUCCUGGUGCAUGAGGUGACCAAUCUGCCGGUGACAGAAGCACUGAUUGAGCGGGAGAAUGCAGCCCAGCUCAAGAAGUGGCGGGAAACGCGGGGGGAGCUGCAGUAUCGGCCCUCACGGCGACUGCAUGGGUCCCGGGCCAUCCACGAGGAGCGCCGGCGGCAGCAGCCACCCCUGGGCCCCUCCUCCAGCCUCCUCAGCCUCCCUGGCCUCAAGAGCCGAGGCUCCCGGGCAGCUGGAGGGGCUCCAUCCCCGCCGCCCCCCGUCCGCAGAGCCAGUGCUGGGCCUGCCCCAGGGCCUGUGGUCACUGCUGAGGGACUGCAUCCAUCCCUUCCCUCACCCACUGGCAAUAGCACCCCCUUGGGUUCCAGCAAGGAGACCCGGAAGCAGGAGAAGGAGCGGCAGAAACAGGAGAAGGAGCGGCAGAAACAGGAGAAGGAGCGGGAGAAGGAGCGGCAGAAGCAGGAGAAAGAGCGAGAGAAGCAGGAAAAGGAGCGAGAGAAGCAGGAGAAGGAGCGGCAGAAGCAGGAGAAGAAGGCUCAAGGCCGGAAGCUUUCGCUGCGUCGAAAGGCAGAUGGGCCCCCAGGCCCCCAAGAUGGUGGGGACAGGCCCUCAGCAGCCGAGGCCCGGCAGGACGCUUACUUCUGACCUCUGCCCUGGGGCUGGACUGCAUGGCCCCCCUCUUUCCCUCAGCCAAGAACAGGCCUGGCCCGAGGUGCCACCCCCUAGCCCCUUGUCAGGCUGUCCCUCGCUGGGGAAAGUGGCUUGGUUCCCCAUCUCCUCGCCAGCUGCUGAUCCCUACACGGGCAGGACAGAUGGGCAGCUGCAAAUGAGUCUGGAGCCUCUCACCUCCCAUGAGCCUCAGCUGGGGUCUCUGCCGCUCCUGCCCCAGUUCCCUCUGGGUCCCCUCCUAGGUGCUGUCCUGAAUGGCCCGUUGUCAUCCCAGGGGUGACUCCUGGUGAUGGGAGUCAGCAGUUUCAGAUUCUUACACUCCAUGGCUCCCCUUACGAUGAGGUGGAGCUGGCUUCCUUUUCCCUGUCUUCAGCCCUCCCUGUCUCGCCCCCUUCCUGGCCAGGGCUCUCCUUCUGGACCUUUCUGUGUUGUAAUUAUGUACAGAGGAUGGGGUUGGCCUGGGGUGGGGGUGCUCGCUUUGUCUUCUGUCCUUUGGUUCUCCUUCUAUAAUGCUCCUGUACCCAGUUUAUUUAAGGGGACAUGCACUGGAAUAGGAAAUGUCCCCCAUCUCUCUUCCUGCACCCUGCUGUGCUCCCUCCAAACCCACCUUGCUCUGUGUUCUCAGGCCCCCCUGCUUUGUCUCACCAGGACCCAUACCUUUCACCUUGUUCCCUUCCACCCUCCAGUUAGUCCCUAUCUGGGUAAGGGUCUUCCCUUGAGCUCCAGGGGGUGGAACCCAAUGUUUACAUUCUCUUCUGUCUCUGCCCCCACCCCACGCAGCGCUUUGAGGAAUCGGAAAAGAACCUGCUGUUGUACCUGGGCCUGUCUCCUACCUUGUUAUUUGAUGAGGGGGGGAUGGGGUAAGGACGAGGGAGGGAGGGACAGAGCCAGGACCUGGGUCUCUGUUGAAGCAGUCUGCUGUCUUGGCAAGUAGGUACCUCUUGGCUUUGGGUCCAUCUCUUAAUCACUCAUCAGACACUGGUUGAGCUCCUACUCCAUCUUUGCUUGGGAUCUGCUGUCUCCAUUGUCACUGGCUGCCUGGAGCUCUCUGUACCACCUGCAGCACCCGGAUCUCCUUCCCAAAGUGCUCAUGCAACUCCUGGAAGCUGGAGGGGGUACUCACAGUGGCUAGAAAGCCACUGUCCUCUGGGGAUGAGAUGGGCUCUUGGCCAGCUGCCUGGCACAGCUCCCAGUAUUGGGUCUUGGUUGGGCGGGGGCAGCAGCCCAGCCAGCCACCUCCAGCUCACGCCAGCCAGUGCCCACAGCCAAGUCUCCAGCUCUUCCUGGGUUUCUGCAGCCAGCUUGUAGGCCCGCCCACCUGUGCCCUCCACACCAGGGGUCAGGAUGGUAAAGGCAUAGGGUUCUGCGGCCUUAAGGUGUGGCUCCACCUGGCAGUUCUCUUAACAGGAUGAGGCCCAGGGGUGCAUGGUCGGUCUAGUAGGUAGAAGAGGAGGUUUUCUCAGAGGAUGAACCAUCGGCGCUGGUAGCUGCGGUUUCGGGUCCCCUUCUUUAGCAAGGUACCUUCCUGGUCUGGGGCUUGUGUUCUGUAACCAUGGAAGAAACUGAGCACGGACUUUCUGUGCGGUUUCAUCAUGAUCUAAUAUGGGAGGAAACCCCUAGGGGGAGAGAAUUGGCCCAUCUAGUUGCCUGGGGGAAGAGUAGGGGAACUCAUGCUAUCCUCGUCUGGCUCCAGCAGGUGCUGCCUGGGCACAGUCUUGGCUUAGGGGGAUGCAGCCUCCGAGUGUCAAGAGCUAGGGGUCCCAGCGCAAGGGCUGACCCCCACUACCUCCCCAAUUCCCCCUUCUGCUUGGGCCACAUUCCGUUACUUGGGCAGGAGUUGCUAGGCCGUAUUUGCUCAGGGGGGCUUCAUGCUGCAGAGAGGCACUGUUGCCCUUUUCCAGGCCUACCUGAGAGCAGGGCAUAAGGGGCUUCUGGCCUGGGUACUGGUGCCAAUGCCACCUCUCCAGUGAUGGCUCUGCCACCUCUCCAGUGAUGGCUCUACCACCUCAGAAACCAGGAACUCGCCCAGGGUAUGGGCGUGGGACAAAUUACUUCCCCUGGGUCCUAAAGGGAGCUGUGUUCAGAAAGUGCCCCGAGAGCCGUCCAGGGGCUCCAGGCUGGCCAUCGGGAGAGCCAGGCUUCUCCUCGGGGAGGGCAAGGCUGCACCUCUCAGACUAGGAGGGCUGACCACUGGACCAUAGGAGUGGGAAGUCAGGAUUUCUAACGAGACGGUAGGGGCGUUGAGCCCUUAGCCCUGGGGUAAGGGUGACUUGAACCCAGGACAGGAAAACGGGGCAGCAACCCGCUGGCCCUGCUCGGACUUUGCCCCUCCAUCCUGACCCGGGGCGGCCCUUUAAGCAGAUGCGCUCCAGUUUUUCUCCAGAGCUUCUACUGCUUGAAUGAGGGAAUGGAAGCUACUUCCGGCCAUUUCUCACGCCCGGUCAGAGUCUAGGCAUUCUUAGGUUCCCUCUUCUCACCAUUGUCCUCCCACGCGACUGACGUCACUUCUGGCGGGAGAGAGGGUGGAGGCGUCUUCCCUCGCUCAUCGCGUACUUCCGCCCGCUCUUCCAGUUAGUUCCCUAACCCGAGUGAAGCCACUUCCGGGCUUCCCGAGCGCCUUCUGCAGUCCUCUUCCGGGUGAUGGCGGCCGGGUGCCCCGGAUGUAGCCCUGGCGCAAGCAUCUCUUCUUUUCUCCACCUCGCCUCCUGCGGGUUCACAGCUUGAGAAACACCUGUUUGCCCCGUCAUGCCAAAGAGGAAAGUGACCUUCCAAGGUGUGGGAGAUGAGGAGGAUGAGGAUGAAAUCAUUGUCCCCAAGAAGAAGGUGAGGGGGCCAGACUGCUUUGUGUGGGGGAAAGAGGAGCUAGAAGCCUGAGGAGGAAGAAAGCUGGCGGGAGCGGGGCGGGGCGGGGCGGGCAGGCAGAGAAAAGCCUAGUUUUUUCAGGUUCUCUGAGGAAUGGGUUGGGAGUGUCUUCAGUGUGGGUCCUGAAAUAUUUGGGGAAGUAGUCGAGAUCCUGAAAUAUUUGGGGAAUAUUUGGGUCCAGAUUCGGAAGUAUUUGGGGAGGUAGCCAGUAACCUGCAUUUCUCGACUUCCUGGCUCCUGCUCACAGCUGGUGGACCCUGUGGCUGGGUCAGGGGGUCCUGGGAGCCGCUUCAAAGGCAAACACUCUUUGGAUAGCGAUGAGGAGGAUGAUGAUGAUGAUGGGGGGUCCAGCAAAUAUGACAUCUUGGCCUCAGAGGAUGUAGAAGGUAAGCUGUACCCAAGAAUACACUCUGCUAGAGAAACAAGUAGGGGCCUCUGGUGGUGUGGAGCGAGGGAGGCUCCGGUCUCUUUUUUCCAUGCCUAGAAAAGGGCACCUGUGUCUUUGGUGCAGGUCAGGAGGCAGCCACACUCCCCAGCGAGGGGGGUGUUCGGAUCACACCCUUUAACCUGCAGGAGGAGAUGGAGGAAGGCCACUUUGAUGCCGAUGGCAACUACUUCCUGAACCGGGAUGCUCAGAUCCGAGACAGCUGGCUGGACAACAUUGACUGGGUGCGGCCCAGGGGCUGGCGUGGCUGGGGACUGGGAGUGGCAGAUGCCGGGCCUGCUCCCAUGGCAGUUGGUGGGAAAUCACUCCAUCUUCCCAUUACAGGUGAAGAUCCGGGAGCGGCCACCUGGCCAGCACCAGGCCUCAGACUCGGAGGAGGAGGACAGCUUGGGCCAGACCCCAAUGAGUGCCCAAGCCCUCUUGGAGGGACUUUUGGAGCUCCUAUUGCCUAGAGAGACAGUGGCUGGGGCACUGAGGCGUCUGGGGGCCCGAGGAGGAGGCAAAGGGAGCAAGGGGCCUGGGCGACCCAGUUCCCCUCAGCGCCUGGACCGGCUCUCCGGGUUGGCCGACCAGAUGGUGGCCCGGGGCAACCUUGGCGUGUACCAGGAAACGAGGGAACGGUUGGCUAUGCGUCUGAAGGGUUUGGGGUGUCAGACGCUGGGACCCCACAAUCCCACACCCCCACCCUCCCUGGACAUGUUUGCUGAGGAGGUGGCGGAGGAGGAACUGGAGACCCCAACCCCUACCCAGAGAGGAGGUGAGCUUGGAGGACAGAGGAGGGGGCAGUGGGUAGGAAGUGAGACACUGGAGGCCAAAUGGCUUUGCCUGUUAUUUUAGAAGCAGAGUCGUUGGGAGAUGGUCUGGUGGACGUGAUGUGGGAAUAUAAGUGGGAGAACACGGGGGAUGCCGAGCUGUAUGGGCCCUUCACCAGCGCCCAGAUGCAGGUGAGCUGCUUUCUCCCUCCUUCUGCCUUGUCCCUUCUUCCCCCGACCCUGUCAGUUCCCCAGCUCUGCCCUCUCCUUGCAGACCUGGGUGAGUGAAGGCUACUUCCCGGACGGUGUUUAUUGCCGGAAGCUGGACUCCGCUGGUGGUCAGUUCUACAACUCUAAACGCAUUGACUUUGAUCUCUACACCUGAGCUUGCUGGGGGCCCAGUUUGGUAGGCCCGUCUUUCGUGGACUUUGUGGAGGAGGCACCAAGUGUCUCAGGCAGUGAGGAAAUUGGAGGCCAUUUUUCAGUCAAUUUCCCUUUCCCAAUAAAAGCCUUUAGUUGUGUACUGGGGCCUUGGCUGUGCUGAUGGCCAGAAGCCCAGGGGCCUUCUCCACAGUCCCUUUGGACUUGUCUUGGUCCCUGAGUGCUCCCAUGAAGAUCCUCCUUGGAGGUGCCUGUCAGGUGUCCUGUGGCCUCCCUGCCUGGACUCUGCUUGCGGUGUAAACACCCCCAACUGCGCUACUCUGUGCUCCUCUCCCAGGUUUCUUAUUCAGUUCCUCUUAGGUCUUUGGCUUUCAGGACCUCAGAUUCUUUGUCCUUGCAGCCACCAGAGGAUAGAGCCCCAGAAGUGGAGCUUUUAUGCCCGGAAGGACCAGGGCAUCGAUAAGACAUUGGGACCCUGUUGGGGGUGAGCAUGGAACCCUCUUACUCUUGCUCCACCCUCUCAAGCUCCUUAGAUGCUGGGCAGAAGUGGGAUGAGUGGCUCAAGACCGAGAUCCCUAAGGUUCUGAGAGCCAGUGUCUUCCCUAAUCUGGCUUUCCUCUAUCCUUGCCAUCGUUCCCACAGCCCUUUAGUGAAGUGCAAACUCAAUGGUCAAGUGUGGGCCAAGCGUGCAUUGUACUGGCACAGAGAGGGGCAGUGACUCACUGGAGGUCACAGGAAUCAAAGGGCUGGCCCAGACCCAGUGGGUUCCUUUCCCAGACCUUUCUUGGCACGAAGCCUUUGCUGCCUGGCCUUUGAGGCCCUGCGGCCUACAUUCUCUGGGCCCCACUGUGUGCCUGGCACAGGGCUAGUGCCUUGAGGAAACUGAGGUAGCUGGGUUGGUCCCCUUCCAGGAAUUCAGAGUGGUGGCAGAGGCAUGGGAGAUAGACAGAUGUAAUUCUGUAGCCUGGGCAUGGCACCCUCCACCCCCACGCCCCACCAUCAUUGCCUUACACCUCCCUUGCACCACGUUAGAUGGUUUCUUCCGGUUUUCCACUCUGGCUGCCCCUUGGAGUCUCCUGGGGAGCUGUAAUACCUCUUUGGAGUUUCGGAUUGAGCUGGUCUAGGUUGUGGCCCAGGCAUUGGGUAUUUCGGAAGCCCCCAGGUGUUUUCAGCUUACAGCCAGGCCGAGAGAGAGCCCCUGGGUCAGACCCCCAUGGUUUAGGCACACCUAGCGGGAGGGGUGGCUCCUGGACCCCACCAUGGUUGUGGAGCUGAGCAUGUGUGUGGCUUUAGUGGGGUCUGUUAGUUACGGGGGUCUGGGCACUGGAGCUGCAGGGCACUUGGGAUCCCAGGGCAGAAAGGGCCAGAUGAGCAACUAGGAAAGACUUGGGGGCCAGGGCGGAGUGGGGUUUCCUGACACUCUUGUGAGGCCCAUUCUAGUGCCUGCUCACACCGGAAUUUCAUUCACUCCAAGAAGCCAUCAGUAAGAUACCUUCCUCUAAAUGUCACUAAGAAAGAAGAGGCCUGCCGGUGACACAGUAAAAUGCCAUUGGUCUAAAGAUGCGUCUUGAUUUCAGAAAGGUUCGGAAGUAGAAAGCAGGUGUCAGGGCUGCUGAAGUACAGGGUUCUCCUAUAGGCCCCAGAGAUGGUCUCUCAGGGGUGCUGAGUGAGUGCGUGGUAAAUGGAUGGAGCCCGGGGCACCUCCUGCCAGUGUCCUCCAGGCACUCAAACCUAGCCCUUCCGAAGCCGACCUCACGUGACCUCACAGCCCCUCCUGAAGGCGCCUCACUGAUGACGAUGGUGGGUGGAAUAACAGCCCCGAAAGAUGUCCAGGUUUGGAACCCCAGGACCUGGGAAAGUGUUACCUUGUGUGGCAAAAGGGACCCGGCACCUGUGCUUCAGUUCAGGAUUUCAUGGUGGGGAGAUGACCGUGGAUGGUUGAGGUGGGCCCCGAGUAAUCAUGGGGGCCCUUAUAAGGGAAAGGGAGUCAGGAGGGUCUGCACAUGAAGCAAGGAAGCUUCUGGCUGUGAAGAUGGCAAGAAGGCCUGGGGCCAGGCGAUGAGGUGGCCCCUGGAGGAGCUGGAAAAGGCACUGAAUUCUGCCCCAGAGCCUCCGUGGAGAAACAAAGCCGCACUGACACGACUUCAGCCCGGUGAAAACCAUUUUGGACUCCUGACCUCUAGAACUGUAAGAUAAUAAAUUGGUGUGGUUUUCAGCCUCUCA